UGCGCUUUCUAUGCUACACGAAAUAUUUCUCGUUUUCGACUUUCGCUUUUAAAAAGUUAAUUCUCAACAGACUUUAUAUUAUGUUUGGACAAGGCAGGAUCUGAUGACCGCCCUAGUUUCCUUUUUUUCUUUUUGAAGGAUACAAAGAAAGUAAGAAAUAUUCUGAAAAUUUGAACGUCAGACUGAUUGUAUACGAUUUACUGUCUAUUAUAUCACAUCAGAUAUCCUCUGUAAACGUACAUAUAUACAUCCGGCUUUGAACCAAACCAUUUGUUGAAUGGCACAGCAUGUAAAUGUCUAAUUGACGGACUUUAACAGCAAAGAGGCUGCUGUAGCUUCCACCUAACUUGCAUAACCAGCUUCACACGUCACAUGCCAACCUCAUGGUUUGAACCAGAUCAAACGGAAGGAAGCUGAGUUUGGUAACCAUGGAACUUUCAUCAGCUUCACCAGUGCCUACCGACAGUCAUGGUUUGCAAGAUGUUGAGAAUGAAAGCAAACACGAUUAUAUUGUUGAUCAUGGCACAGCUGAAAUAAAUCACAACAAACCCCCAGACAUGAAUUCAGCCCCCUUGUCAUUUGCAGACCCUUUGAAACUCUCAACAAAUUUGGAAUAUUUAAUGUCAAGCACUGAAGAGGAUGAGAAUAAGUCGAGUUUUACAAACGAAAAAUUAGCAAGCGAUUCUUCGUUAAUUCUAAACGAAGCUGUCGAUGUCCACACAGUAGUCUCCUGUCUUCCGAAUGAGAGUCUUGGGAUAAUUCUUGGCAUGAAUGAAAGAAUCGAAUUCGAGGAAGGAGAGAAAAGAGAGGUUUAUAUGAAGAAAAUUGUACCAAAUGGAGCUGUGCACCGAGUGGUUUUGGAAUCACAGAGCUUUACACUGGGGGAUGAGAUUCUUGCCAUUAAUGGUGCAUACUUUGAGAAAAUGACUCGAAGUGAAUGCAUUAAAUUACUUACAAAUUUGCCUUCGGAGGUUUCCUUCAUUUCUCGUCGCAAUCCAAUGCCUUGGACAGCAGGUCCUCGCUGUUCCUUUUAUUUGAAUUUGAUCGACAAUAAUCGCGAGAGUAUACUGAGCCCUGCUCCCAAAUUAUUCACUAACGAAGGUAAAAAAAUACCUGACAAUUAUAAACUGCUGGAAAUCAGUUUGUACCGAGAAAUUGGAGACCAGUUAGGCAUCAGUUUGGUACCAAGUUACGGAGAUACAAACCAUUAUUACCAAAUCAAAAGCUUAGAUCUUGAAGGACUUUGUUCAAAAUCAAAGUUGUUGAACCAAGGAGACUGCUUGGUAUCCUGCAAUGGUAAUUCUCUGUACAAGAUUCCAUUUAACCAGUGUUUGAACAUAAUCAACUCUGAAGGUCCGUCCUUGACUUUCGAAAUUUUGCGCAAGGAUGCUAUCGCAGUAGAUGAAAACAUUGAAUCAGAAACAAACAUUAACCAAAAAACAAAAGUCUACAACAACAACAGCAACAACACGUGGAACCCUGAGAUAGAAUUGGAAAACAGAAACAUCAAAGACAAACCAAAGGAAUUUGAUGAAAAUGAAGAUUUGUUGAUAAGUUUCAAAGACUUGAGCACAGAGGAUUCUGAAAUAUCAAUAGAUUUAUUGAAUAACGUAACUGCAGAAGUUGCUAAGUUACAAGAAUCAACCAGUGAUAGCUACACAGAGGAAAACCUUACAAGCGAAACUGUACCAGUAGAGUCAACCACUCAAGCUCUUUGUUUAGAUCCUAUUGGUACUCCAAAUCUGUCCAGUGAGACACAACACAUUACUGAAGUUAAUUUAGGGGGCUCGAAAGAUAAGAGUCUUACAGAAGGUAUUGUUGAAGACAAAUGUGUCCAACAAGAUGUUGUCAGUGAGCACAGCAGUGUGCCGAAUAAUUCAGCAGGUCAGAGAAAUAUGUCAGAGUACAGAAACUCUAAGCAAGAAUUUUCAUUAAAUGGGUCUGACGAUUCAUUAAUUUCAAACGAACUGAACAACAACUUCAGUAUCAUCUGUCCAUGCUACUCCAACGAGGAUUUGAUCUCUUUAGGUUUAGAUAGUCCACCUCCUCACAAAGCCGAUCUUACAUUUCAAAGCACUGUUGUUGCACCACGAGAAGCUGCUGGUGAGAGCAAAUCUGACUUGGAUGAUAUUGACAUUGAUCCUUUCCUUGAUCAGCAAGACAACUACAGAUCAGAACACAAUCUCAACAACUUCAAUAUCAAUAGAACUGGAUUCCCUAUUAGCCAUCACCAAAAAAUCAAGAUUACAAAUAAUUCAAAUGAUCUUUUGAAUUUCCAGUCGAAUAAUAACCAGAAAAAAUUAGCUUCCUACAAUGAGUUGCUUGAGGAUGAAUUAGAAUCCCCUUUCUCCACUGACGGUAGCCUUCCAAGCUCUUUUGGAGCACAAGCUGCUGAUGAAGAUGGAGAUAUUAAUACACACUUGUCAUUAAUGCAUUCCCAAAAUGAUGGCGUUGAAGAAACCUUGGUGAUGUCCCCAGAUUCUGGACGUCCUGAUUCUCCGAGAAUUCAGAAAAACAGCUCCCUUAACAGUCUAACGAUUUCCCACAAAAGAGAUAUUGCUUCUCCGUACUCCAAUAUAUCUGAUGACUUUAAAUCUGAAGACGACUCGUCAACAGUGUACUAUGAUGUGAAAACUGAUGAGGAUGAUACAACAACUUAUCAAGAUUUAUCAGAAAUAUCAACAGAACUAGGUGACAAGUUUCAAAAGAGUAACCAUUCCGAUUUCUCUGAAUCAGCAGAUUCUUGUAAAACAUCAGAAUCAUCAUUUGAUAUGUGCAAUGAUGGGGAUCAAGAGACCAACCGAUCUUCAAAGCCACUGAAAAACACAAUGAUGUCUGGGGUCCACCUAAAAUCAAGGGAUACGAAAUCCCUACCAAGAACCAUGACGUCCAGCUAUAUGACUGAGUCAUUUCAAGACAAUCAACUAAAAUCUUUGAACAAAUAUGCUAUUGAUACUAGUUUAUUGAAGAAUGUUAGCGAAAAAAUACUGCCAAGUAGUAACUCUUCUGUGAACAAUAAAGAAAAACUUGUUUUACCAAAGAGACUCUUCUCAAGUUCUAUGAAACAGGAGAGGAAAAACAGUAACAAAACUAGAUCUGAAGAGAAACCUUUUCGGGUGGAAGUAUUGAAAGGGAUCCUUGGUUUAGGGAUGACGCUGACUGUGGACGAAAAUGGUUUUGUCAGAGUAUCAGAAAUUAAAAGCCAAAGCACAAUUGGAAAAAAUGGGAACAUUAAGGUUGGAGACUAUAUACUCUCCAUCAACAGCACUGACCUUGUGAAUGUAACUGAUUCUCAGGUUCAACAAAUCCUUCGACUUUUGCCCCGAGGAUUAAUUACCGUCAUAGCUUCUGUUUUACCCAUAACUGACUGGAAAUCUCAUUUUGCAGAUGCUGAUAAAUUUGGAAGGGAAAACAGCACAAAUCAAAAUGGAAUUGGUCUCACGGCACCAGUAAAAAUUUCUUCUAUCACAAGUAUAGGCUCAUUAUCAAAGGUGGAAACUAAAGAUAAAACGGUUUUUGACAAAGCUAAAACAGACAUCGACAAUUCAAGCAAUAGCUUAACAAAGGAUAGUAAUUUUAAUUUCUUUAAACAGCCUAGUAUUAGAGAUAAAGGCCCAAGUGCUUUAGAGAUUAAUGCUAAACCCAGCCUAGAUAAACCUGUUCAUGUGGAGAAAACUCUCAAUGAAGACCUUCAGCAAAUCACUGAAAUAAAGCCGAAUAAUACAAGGAAUUAUGCAGACAUUUUUGGGACCAACAACCAGGAUGCAGCUGAUAGUAUGAGUAUGAGUAGUAUAUCCAGCAGCUCCAGCAGCAGCAGUAGCAGCAGCAACUAUAAGGAAGAUAAUCUAAAACCAAGCAAUGUUUCCUUGACCCGGUCUGAACCAAUGAAGACAGACUCUCCUAAAAUCCAAGUAGAGAAAAGAGCUCUUCCCGACAUUUUACAAGACCAUGCAGAACCAAUUAAAAAGCAAUACAUUUCCAAAGCUCAGAAUUCUGUGAUCCAAAAUAGCACAAAUAGGAACCAGUCCCCUAUGGAUAUCCAAGAAGAUGUAAUUGUUCCAUUGCAAAGUUCUAGAAUUAUGAAUUACAGUGUUCCUCCACAAGCCAGUCCUAGAAAAGCCUUACGUUAUUUCCCAAAGCCUGGGGAUAUGGAUCUGGUUGACCCUGAAGAGAAGGACAAGUCAGUUUGGGUUAAAAAAUCCACCAAGAACACGACUAUACCAUCUGGAAACAUUGCCAAAGAAGACUUGAUAAUUCCUGCUAAAGCAAAAUCUGUUCGAUCACUUGUUGAACGAUAUAGUUCUCCACCACAGAAAAGUAAGGAAUCGAGGCGAGUUGAAAUUAAGACUAGCAAUGGUGUGACAGAAAAGAUCCGUGCUGUGAAUAUGAAAGCAGCUCAAAAUUCCUCACCUAAGCCUGCAGCAGUUGAAGAACUGGUUCAGGCUGUUCAUAAACACAGGUUUGCAUCAGAUUUUAAAGCACCUAAAAGUGUUAACAAUAAUACUUUAAGUAUGGAUGACAUUUUGGUUAUAGAAAAAACAGAGGAAUUAAACUCUAAACCCAAUGUAAAAAUGACUUUAAAAAGUAAUUUCUUACCCGAGAAAGGUUUUGUAGCAGAACCAGUGAUUGAACCAAUGCAGAAAUCUGGUAAUUUUGCUCGGCCAAAACCCGCUCCAAGACAGAAACUCUUACAUAAUAAAGAUAAUGAUCAAAGUAAGUAUCAAAUGGAUGAUCUUGAUGUUCUGACAGUUGAUGGAACUUCUCCAAAAACAUCUCGUUCUACUGACAAACGUCCAGGAAAUUCCAUAACUAAUGUAUCUGUUAUUCAAGAAUUACUGAUAAAACCAACAUUUUUGGAAUCGAAAUUAAUGAAUAAAAAGUAUGGUGCUGUUAAUUCAAGUCCUAACACAAAUACAAUGAAUGAAGACGCUAUUGUUCCUGUUGUGAAAAAACCAAGAUAUUCUAUGAACAUUCAGAAACUGCCCAAAUUGCAUCCAGUAAGCAUGGAAGAUGAUAACACUGAGGAGAACAAGACAAGAGGUAAUCACUCAACUAAACAGAAAAGCUAUGGCAUUAGUUAUUUGCAAGAAAUAUUUGAUGAAGAAAAAAUUGUUCCACAGGUAAAGAAAUCUCGAGACAUGAGUCAGUUGUCAAUAACAAAGACUCCUGAUAAGAACGAGGAAACAACUUUGGGAAUCUGGCAAUGUAACACAAAGUUGCCUAAUACAGAGAGUGGGCAGCUCAAUGAUGAUGUGGAAUUUAAAGAAUUUUCUACAGAAAUACCCAAGAACAAACCUGUAAUAAGUGAAAGCAUUUUGGAAAUAACUCAAAAGAAACCAUCUCACUCUGCUAGAACAUCUGAUUUGGAUGAUAACAAAGAUCAAAAUCUGUUGGAAGAUUUUGAUCCAAUAGAAAAAGAAAAUGUGGCACCUAUCAAGUGGAAUAGAAUUGAUUGUAAUUUAGAUAACGAUCCUGUCUUUGUAAGAAGCUCUGAAGAUUUAAUAACACUUGAUACAGCAAUAAAACCUGAACACACUUUAGUAUCUCAUACAGCUCCAGAGGAACUCAUGAAAAGUCCCAGUGCACAACCCUUAUCACAGAAAAGAUCACUUCCUGUUAUAGAAGAUGGGAAGCCGAAACCACUUCCUAGAAGGUCUCGCUCACCCUUGUCAGAAAGUGAUACAAGUAACCAAGAAGAUAACUUUCGACCGAAACGUAGAACCUUACCAACACCAAGAGGUUCGAUGACAUCUCCUAAUGCAGAUAAGUUAAAUGAAACCUUGAAAUCAACACCUUUCGAAGAUUCUUCAAGUGGGCUUAAUGAUCACCAUAGUGUUUCACCUCCAGUUUCUCCAAAUAGAACCAGAAGAGUAAUAGGUUCACCUGUCAGAGAACUAAAUCCAGCCUUAUCUCCCAAAAGAGGAAACAGUGAAAAUAAUUUUUUUCCUGAAUCCAGUUUUAAUACAUAUGGAUCUCAGACCAUGCAAAAAAAUGGUGUGGAUUAUAUGAAAAUCGAAGGGAACACUCUUGAACAAACACCUGAAAUGUUCAUAACUGGUCUUCCUCAACAAUACACCGACAUAAAAGAGGUAAGAGAAUCUUCUGGUCGACAUCUUCCUAAAAUUCCAGUUGUUGCUGAAAGUCCAGAUAGUAGUCGAUCUCUACCAUCAAUUCCUUUUCCACGAGAAACAAAUAUCGAACAGUACCAUCCAGAUAUUAUUGUUGAAGAACAGAAAUCCAUAAGUCGAAGUCUUCCAAUAGUCCCUGAAAAGCCAGCUUUGUCGCCGUUUUAUGAAGAGCCACUUGAGCCAGUAUUCAAAACUGCCGUGCAAACACCAUUAAUAAAACAAACAGCAGUCUCUGAAAACAUUCUUCAAACUGUUAAACUACAAGAUUCUACUUUCAAAUCUGUUCCUUCAAGUUUACCCAAUUCAGAAAUAAGUCCAGUUAUUUUUCCUUCCUCCCCAAAGCUAGUUUCAGUUAAUUCAAGCUUCUCUGAAAAGCAGCCAGCAAUUAUUCACGCUACGAAGAAUGACACUCAAAACUCUGUUGCAUCUUCACCAAAGAGACCAACAAAUUGGAAUUCUGAGGCAUCAGAUAAACAGACCAGCUCAUCUCCAUUGACUGUUACCAAAAAGUCAGAUUUUGCUGUUGAAGAGGACCUUUGUUCACGUGUGGUAGUAACUAAAGAUAAGCAUUCUAUUCGGAAUGGUAGAACAUCCCCACGUUCUCUUCCACUAGUGGACCUUUCAGAUUUCUCAACUGACAACAGCAAAGAGAGAACAUCAUCUGUAUUGACAUCGAAUAUGUCACAUGUUGCUGUUGAACCAAUAAAAGACAACCGCAAGAAAGAGUCAUACCAUUCUACAGAAGUUUCAUUUGAUCAGUUUGACUCACCUUCAAGAAGUUUGGCAACACAGUCCAGUAAUAUCAAGCAAAUACCAGAUAAGAAUGAAACCAAAAUGGAAUGGUCAACAAACUUGCCACCCACUUUAGAUUCAACGAGCCCAUUGAUCCCUACAAAUAGUUCUUUGAUUUCAAUCUCAACUGAAAGCCAUGUAGCACCUAUAGAACUUGUGCAGAAAGAAGAAUCAGUGGGUUCUCAUUCUAUGCCACCAUCAUUUUCAGCAUCAAAGAGUAAAGAAACUGAAACUGUUUCUAGCCAGAUGGUAAUACCAGCUGUAGAACAACCAAUUUCUCCUAGAAUUACUUCCAAUCGUAAACUUCCUGAUAUAUUUAAAUCUUCCCGCACAAAUGCACCAGUUGUUGGACAAAUUACUUCACCUUCUGCCUCAGAAAUUCUAUUCACCGACUUUGCACCAGGAUCGCCAAAUGUUUCACCUGUCAUAGAAAGUGUGAUAGACAUACAAAAAUCUAAGCAUAAUUUUGCCGAAGUUCCUAAAGCAGAGAUUGCUACAUCAGAACCAAUAGUAAUGCAGCCAAAAGUUUCAAAAGACCUUCUUCAAUCUCCUGUAGAAACAACUAGCAUGACUUCAUCUCAAGUUACAAUUUCCAAGGAUGAUGCUGUUUCACAAAAUAAAUUUCAAACUCCUUCAACGGCAAAAGCAGAAACAUUUCCACUCAAAGCUGACCAAGAAAUUCCCGAAGUAGAGAGAAGAAGAGCUUCACUUAAAAGAGAAACACUCGAAUCAGUCACUCAAGUAGAGAGUUCCAGAAAAGGAACUCAGAAAACCAAUGGUGAUGAUUUCAAAGAUAAUUUGCCUUCAGGAGAACACAAGAAACUUACUGUAAAUAUCCCAACAUCUCCGAAGAAAAGUGAAGUAAUUCAAGAUACCAAUCAAUCACCACAGUCAACAGACAGUUCAUCUGUGAUGUUGAGAAGGAGCAGAGGGCGUUCACAGGGAUCCCCAAGGAGUGAAUUGAUCUCUGAAAAGUCAUUGGUGUUCAGCCCGGACUCAAAAGUAAGCGAAAGCAGUUCAAAACAAAUGUCAUUACAACGUAGAAAAGAACUGGCCAAGACAUGCAUAGAGCCACAUAUGGUAUUCACCAAGAGGAAAUGGUGUAUCAGUACUAGAUUCGGUCAGACAAACUUUGCAUUACCUUCUGAACCAGAAUCAUCACAAGAUGUGUUAAAACUUUCAUUACUGGAUGAAGAUACAGUAAUAGAUUUUGUGAGUAAAGCUAACUUUGCAUUGGACAAACUCGGCUUGUCAAAUCACUAUUCCAUUCAUAUUUGUAUUGUUGAAAAAGAAGCAUCUGAAAAAGUUGGGAUACGUCUUCAAAAAGGAGAGAAACAGGAAUUAUUGAUCUCUUUGUUAGAGCCAGAUGGCGCUGCGAAGCGACAACAGUAUAUCUACGAAGGAGAUUUACUGCUUUACAUGAAUGACAAACCAGCAUGGAACCAGACUGUGAUGGACAUGAAAACCUUGCUACAAACCACUGCCACUAGAAUCAUACUUCUGUUGGCCAGACCAUUUGUCGGCGAAGAUUCUGAAACCUUUGAGAUCACCCUGCGUAAAGGGGUAACCGGUUUAGGCUUCAGUCUAGGCGGAGGGAUUGGAUGUCCUCUUGGAGAUCGACCAAUUUCUGUGAAGCGAAUAUUCAAAGGUGGCAUUGCUGACAAGUGUGGUGAAAUGAGAGUUGGAGAUGAAAUCUUAGAGGUGAACGGUGAAGAUUUUAGAAAUCAGCGCCACUUCCAUGCUUGGAACCACCUGAAGUUCCUGCCUGAAGGUGAUCUGAAGCUUCUGAUAUGCAGACAUCGUAAUAGUGAAAAGGUGGAUCCAUUGCCAACGAGGACAAGAACAGCAAGACCAGGAACAGCAUCAGGAGAAACAGCAUCAGCAACAUCAACAACAACAACAGUAACAACAACAACUUCAGUGGAACCAAGAGAUCCUCCAUCAGUAACACCUGUUCUACCCCUUGUACAAUUAUCACCUGAAAAAGCUUCUACAGGAAUUGCAGCUGCAGCAGCGAUGAUAGCAAUAUCAACAGUGGGUGCAGUAAAAGACCCUCACCAACUGCAAAAGUCCACCACUACAACCACAACCAACACGACGAUCACCACCAACACCACCACAAUGCAAACCCAAUAAAUGGAGCGUGAUAAUUUUGUUUUUAUUUACACACACAAGAAAAAAAUUUAAAAUUAUAUAAAAGAAAGAAAAAUAAGAGAGAACACUUUACUCUUAAUAUUUAAAAAAAAAACAUUGAGAAAGAAUUACUUUUAACUAUUUUAUUUACUUUCUUUUUUGUUAAAUUUUUUGUAGCAAUUCUAUUUUUGAAUUUUUUGUAUAUUUUUUUUCCUCAAAAUCCAGUUCAGUUUUGUUUCUGAUUCUUCGAUUUUUUAUUUGGAUAUUUUUUUUUUUUACCGUUUUUUUUUUAUCUGAUUCACUCCAUCUCCCAUUACCUAACAACGUGUAUAUAUUUUUGAUAUACCACAUCAGUAGUAUUUAACUUACAAAAAGAAAAAAACAAACAAAUCUGGUGAUUAAAAAAACACACACAAAAAACAAAAAACAAAUAACAAAUAACAACGAACUAAAUUAUAAAUAAAUAAAGCUUUUAUUGUGAUUAUUAAUAUUAUUAUCAAUAUCAUUAUUUUAAAACGGUGGAUGGCAUAAUUGAUAAAGGGCCAUAAUAAUUGCCUUGUAAUGAGUUAUGUUCCUUGUCAUCCCGGAAUUCAAAUCUUGCCGAGGUCAACUUUACCCUUCAUCUUUCCAGGAUCGAUCGAAUACUUAUUAGAUACUGUAUAGGCGGAAUUACUUAAACACUUCUUGUAAAAUAUGUGGCUGUAUUACUUAAAGAAUGUUGUAUGACUUCAUUUUAUUUAUGCUUGAGAAAGACAUAAUUAUCAAAGAGCUCUCGGUUGUCUCCCUUCUGUAGCCGUGCUGUCCUUAGUUACCUGCCCUUCUCAGAAUCGUCCUCUUAGCUUCAUUAAUAAAUGAACGUCUGGCUGGAUUUCUGUUCUACUUAACAAGCUAUGGGCCGUAUAUGUGUGAGUGGUGGUCGCCGCUAUUUAUAUCUGUUUCUUUUCUCUAUCUCUCUCUCUUUUUUUUUUUUUUUUGCUUUCACUCUGUCCUUCUUCUUGUGCCUAAUUUCUAAAUACACACCGGUGGAGAACAUGGCUCAGUGAAAGA